AUGGGCAAACGAAAUAAAAAUCGAGAUAUGACGGCUGCCAGUAUGGUUGAAAUUACAGAAUCAAAUACUGAGAAUCAGGAAAAAGUUGUUCAAGAAGAGAAGAAAAAUAAAAGAAAGAAAAACAAACCUAGCAUGAGUUCAGAUAUUGAUGCUACGGAUAAGUCUAAGAAGACAAUAGAUAUAAAUCAAGCAUUGACUACUGAAGAUAUAAAUUCUGAGAAAAGAUAUGAAAAUUAUAAACAAACUAGUACACAUAAGAAUAAAAAGAAAAAAAGAGAAACUGAAAUGGUCGAAGAAAAACCACAAAAAGUUAUGAAUUCAUCACACGAAUCUAGUGAAAUAAGUAAAGAAUCUGUAGAUAAACAAGCAAAUGCAAUUCCUAAACAAAUUAAGUUUGGAGAAGAUGGCGAGCCUGAAAGUGAUAUAUUGAAGAAUACAAAAGAACAAUCUUUUUUAAAUGACGAGGAAAAAGCAAUACAGGACGAUGAUAUUGAUCAGUUUUGUAAUGAUAUUGAUGAUGAAGAUAAUAAACAGUAUGAAAGUUGGAUAUCAUUAUUAGAACAAAAGCUAGGUAGUAGUGAUAAUAAUUCUAGUAAUAAAAAGAAUAAAAGAAAAAGAAAGAAACAAAUAAAAAUACUAAAUAGUAGAGGUUUUUAUUACAAAAUUUCAUAA